ACAUUUCGAUAAAAAUAAAUAAAAAGCAAAAAUAAAUGUGUUAUACAUUUUGGUAUACAAUAAUGUGUAAAAGCCAAAUCCUCAGGCUAUACUAUGAUGAUUCAGUUGAGAAAUAAGCCUUGAGAUUUAUUUGACGUUUUAAAUGGCAGAAUGUUUUCGUUUUCAGAUUAUCAUUUUACUAUUUGAUUGAAGUGUUCCAUACAUCGGUUAAUAAAAGCUCAAAUCGUGCCCAUAAAAUCUACAGUGUUUACUUCGAAGUUACAUUGAACGAAUCAUUUUAAAAAUCAAACGAAAUCACUUACUCAAAAUGAAUUUUAAAGUUGUUGUCUGUUUUGCCACGGUGAUUUUGUCGAUGGUAUCAUUUGCAAAUGUAUCUGCUGAAUCGUGCGUAUGUGAAUGUCAAAAAGGUGAUAAUCCAAGGUCAGAUGUGACAACCAGUGCAUCAACAACGACCAGCACAACACCGGGUCCGUAUUAUCCCGAUCACAGUCCAACGGAUUGUGAUCGACAACGAGAAAGGGAACGUGACGAACGUGAACGACAGGAAGCAGAAAGGGACAGAGAGAGACAGCGGUUGGAGCGUGAACGUGAGCGACUGCGACAGGAAUGGGAACGACGAGCGAAUGAAUGUGAGAAGCGGGAAAAAGGGAGACGACAAAAGGAGCGUGAACAAAAAGAACGGGACGAACAAGAGAGAAGACGCCAACAAAGUGCUUCGGAACGCGAAGAGCAUGAACGAAAUGAACGUCAUCGAUAUGAUGGACAAAAACCCGAUACCUGUAACACCAGCUACGAUGCCAUCACAAUCAUUUGGAAGGAACUCUUCAUUUUCAAAGAUCGUUAUUUGUGGCGGAUCGGUGAAAAUGGAUUGCAUAGCGGUUACCCGGAUGAGAUCAAUCGUAUAUGGUCGCAAUUGCCAAGUAAUUUCACACACAUCGAUGCCGUCUAUGAGAAUAAACACAAGAAAAUUGUUUUUUUCAUUGGAAAAAUGUAUUACGUUUUCAAUUCAAUUCAAUUGGAGGAUGGUUACCCUAAAGCAUUAACCUCUCUCGGGUUGCCAGCAUCAGUAGAUAAAAUCGAUGCAGUUCUGGUGUGGGGUCACAACGAUCGAACAUAUUUCUACAGUGGAACCAUGUAUUGGAGAUUCAACGAAGAUAUUCAUCAGAUGGAACCAGAUUAUCCACGUGAUAUGUCAAUUUGGCGAGGUAUUGGUUAUCACAUCGAUGCAGCCUUUCAAUAUAAAGACGGGAAGACGUAUUUCUUUAAAGGGAAAUCAUUUUGGCAAUUUAACGAUUCAAUAAUGCAUGUGACACGAAGUAGACCCGAUUCAUCGGCGGUGCGAUGGAUGGGAUGUCCUCGAGUCACAUCAACCUAUUCCAAUGCGGUGUAUGAUGAUGGAUCUUGCGGCAACUCGAACUUUAAAUGAAUCGCGCGAUUGAAUAACCUCCUUCGUUCAAUGUGCCGCAUUUAUUUGAAAAACAUAAUAAUCUAAUUUUAAAGAGACGCUUAAACCACAAGAGGAAGAAUGGAGAAAAAUCGAACAAAACCACCCUUAUCAUAAUACGAAAAUAAGACCAUUUUUAUUGAUAGAAUAUAUCUUGUUUUUAAACCAAAAUGAAUUUCGUUUUUGUUUUGAAAUUGAUGAAAAUUUUUUUGUUAAAA